UACAACAAGUAAACAUGGAUGCAACUCCAAAGGCCAAAUUUGAUGCGGCUGUCAAAGUUAUACGAUCCUUGCCGAAAAAUGGUUCGUUCCAACCAUCCAAUGAGAUGAUGCUUAGAUUCUAUGGCUUCUACAAACAAGCCACGGAAGGCCCAUGUACCGAUGUCAAGCCAAGCUUCUGGGAUCUGGUCAAGAAGGCAAAAUGGGAGGCAUGGAACAAGCUUGGGGACAUGCCAAGGGAAGAAGCUAUGUUGAAUUAUGUGGAUGCACUCAAAGUUAUCAUCGAGACAAUGCCUCAGACUCAGAUGGUGGCAGAUUUUAUGGACACAUUAGGGACCUUCUAUGAACUGGUGGAUGACAAGUCUCCCAUAGGCAAUGCAAUCAACAGCAGCUCACUGAGGUCAUCACCAGAACGUGAAGAGGGCAAGGUGCUGAUGGUGAAGGACAAGUCGUCCCCAGACAAGGAAGAUGUCCCUCGAGUCAAUGGAGACAUAAGUGAUGCAUCUUCCACGAACCACUCAGGAAUUGUAGAGGAAGCGUUGUUGCGGGCAGGCCUAGGUGGUGAAGAGGCCAUCAAUGAGGAAGCAGUGUCACAGACAGGCAGAGUUGGUGGAGAGGUCACGGAGACGGAUACCCACCAGAUUAAUAUCAAAUCACUGGACCAAAAUGACAAUGUUAACAGCGGCAAGCAGAAUGGAGAUGAUGAUGAACAUCCUUUGACCAAUGGCAUGGAGGGAGAGGGCCAGAGAGUAACCAAUCACGUGAACAAUAGUAACAGUGACCUUGAACCUGUUCUGGUGAAUAUUCCUCGUAAGGAGACUCGUCUCAGUGCUUCUACACCUCUCAACAAGGCCGGGAACCAUGUACGCUUCAGUGAGAACAACAUCGUCCACACUGAGGUGGAGGUACACUCGGGCAGAGUGUCUCCCAUAGAACCUGACUCUGGUCCAUCAGGGCUGGAGGCGGCCACAAUGCCGGGAACAUAUCCCUUCAGCCAGGGCCGCUACCUUUCGGAGAGUAUGUUCGUGAAUGCCCCAUCUCAGGACUCUAUGAACAUCUCAGCCACAAGCCAGUUGAGUCUGGGUCGUGCAAGACUUGAGCAAGAUUUCAGUGAAGAAAGUGUAAUAUCCUCUGACCUCAAUCAGUCCAGCAGUGAGACAGCGCAGAUGAGAGGAGGUGGGGAUACGCAGAAGGGACGCCAGGGGGGCUACCAGCCUUUGGACAAGGGACAGACUGGGACCACGAGUGGCAGCAGAGGUUCCAACUCAGGUUCAGGAAGUGGAAGUCGACGGGGGUUGUUUUCGGGAUCAGGUGGGGGUGGUCGCCGAGGAGACAGUGACCCCAACAACCCGGGGGAUGUAAACGAACAGAUUGCCAUCGCCAUGGUGAGACUGCAGCAGGACAUGAGUGGGGUGUUGUCCCGACUCAGCUCACUGGAGACACUGUCCAGGCAUAAAGCUGAGGAGGAGGUACAGAGGCGAAGGUCAGCAAGGAAACCCAGUUGGUGGCCAUUUCCUGAUCUGUCUAUAAAGAGUGCAGCUUUUGUCAUACUGUGGCCCUUCAUUGCUCACUACCUUAUCAACGUGCUCUUCAAGAGGAAAAGGAGAUCCUUGCAGUGAGGUUGAGCCCAUGCAUUAGGCUGACAGUGGACCAGGAUGAAUGAUAGCAGCUGUAUGAGAUUGUGUACAUUGGCAAUGUGUUAUGUACAAUUUCCAAAUUUUAUAAGACAACAAUGAAAAACAUUCAGAUGUAGCUUUGAUUGGUUCAUAUGUAUUGAGAAAAAUGAGUGAUAUAUUGUUUUGAAUUUAUUUGGAAUGACUUCAUCUAUCUCUGUUUUUCUGAACAUUUGAACAGUUUCCUAAUUUAUGAGACAAAAUGAAUUCAAGUUUAGAUUCAACAUUGAUUUCUACUAGUUUCUACAUGUUUUCCCACCGUCUCAUUCAUAAUGUUAAAGAAAUUAAUCUUGAUUCUCAGACAUCAAUGCAUUUGCAAAAUAACAGUAUACUGCUCAAAUGGAGUUAAAGAAUACGAAUGGUAUGACAGAGUAACUAUUGAAAUAUGGAAGAAUGGGUGCUCUUUAACUUCAUUUGUGUAGCAUAUCAAUUAUAAGAAAGCAUUUUGUUUCAGGGUGGGGUAGCCUCAUGAAAGGUUUUCUAAUGCAAAAGCCCAGGCUUGAAUUUCUUCAUAGGCAUAAUGUGUGAACCAUCUCUUUUGAGCGUCUGUUGGUAGUGAUAUUGCUAUAAAAAUUGGAAAAUUUAUGCACUCCCUGUUACUUUUACAGUACAGAAAAUAUAUAUUUUUAUUACUGGUGCACACGAGGCUAUCCAAUCAUCAUUGCUUUUGAAUCAACUGUUUUAUGGAAGCAGUUUUGAUCUCCUCUAUUCAGUAUUGAUUGCAAAGGGUUUAUACUGUAGAUGUUCUAAUGAGUGUUAUGUGCACGUAUUAAUCGUGGUAAGUGGAAAAUCUUGCCAUUAGUGCUACCAGCAUGUGUAUGUUCAAUGAUACAGAUGAAUGUGUUCUAUAAUCAGCUGUGAUAUUACUGGUAUGAUUUUCAGUGUGUGUACAGUUAUACAUGAACAUGUUUCCAUUGCAAGAAUGUAGUCAUUGAUUGUUUUAAAAAAUUCAUAAUAAAAUGUGUAAAAGAUGCAUAUGUGCAAUUGGGAAGUGAGAAGCUCUGAUUUUUGAAAGGCAUGUUUUUAUAUGAUGACAAAUGGUAAAUGGUAUGAGUAAACACACCAUGUGUUUAACAGCUUGAAUCAAUUGGAAGUAUUCUUUGCUGUGAUUGGACAAUGUGGCAGUGUUUUGGAGUAACUGGGUUGUAAUUGGAUGAGCUUGCAGCUUUGAAAGAAGCUGUGCUUUGAUUGGAUUGGAUGUGGCCUUAGCUACACAAUUUUUGCACAAGUAUGUGUAAAUCCAGGAAUUUUAAUUAAUGAACACUUAAGAAUGACUUCAGUAUGUCCAGCAAGCAAUAUUUGUAAUCUCACUGAAUGUGGCCUGAGAUUACUGCUACAAGACAUAUUUGUUUCACUUAGAAGAUAGUCAUAUGUGAGCACAUUUCAGGCCAUCUCAAGUCAGAUUCUGUUGACAGUUACUGUACAUUUCUGUGCUGGUCAUCUUUUCAUGUGAUGAGCCUUGACAUUCAAUAAAAUAUUUUCAUAGUCAUAAUGAGAAGUAUUUUAGCAGUAUUAGUGAAUGAAUGGCACCUUUCUGUGCAAUGAUUUGUGCAUGGAGAAGACAGAAUAUCAGCUCUAUAGUGGAAGGUUGACAUAUUGUAUACUCGGGAUUGACAGGUGUGUUCAGUCUUAUGUGGAUGGAAAUCAGUGGAGGCAUGUUUGGACUGACAAAUGGAAACCAGAGAUCAGUUUGGGUUAGUGAGAUGUGAGAGGAUUAAGGUGAUGAAUUGUUGAUCGUGUUUCAUUAAGGUCUUGAGUCACUCCAGGAUCACUAGCAUGGGUGCUGACAUCUUAGAUCUAUUUCACAAACUAGUGUGGUUUUUAUUUUGUAAAAUAAAGGUGUCAGGAAAAAUAGGAGGGGGCAGAGUACACACCCUUGCAUUCCACCUAUGAAUCCACUGGUGUGUUGGAAGCAGCUUUAAACUCUUCCCUCACACACUGGUGGUCUGUUUCCUCCUUUAGAACUCCCCCCUCAUGGUUCAUGUGGAUGUGUUACUCCAGAAUGUAAAUGUUUUCUUGACUCAUUCACCUUGACCGUUACCUAAUGCUGGUUCAGUGAAGUUUGUUUGAAAGCUGAGUUUCCAUGACGAUGAGUGUUGCGAGCAGGAGAGAAACCUUGAAUGUAUGAUGAUCUUUAUAUAGACUGACCUAGAUUUGCUCACUGUAUACAUCUGUGUGUGUGAUGACCAAUACAGUCUCAAGGAUCAUAUUGAUGAUGUACAUACUUAGUUGAUGUGUGUCUGUUGUACAGAAAUAUAAUUAUUAAAAUCGAAAAAUAAAAUUUCCAUGCUACAA